GUAGGCAUUGGUGUUAGUUCUGCAGAACAUACGGCGACGUUCGAACCAGUCAGUACUCGUCAGUCCACAAUUUAAAGGCAGGGCGAUAACCCGACCACCAAUCAUUAGGCACAUCGGCAGACAGUACCGAGCACUCAGAGAGAACGUUUGUGUCGCUCGACAAAACUUGUUUUUUAAAUUUAAAAUGGCGAAGGUUUUCAAUUUCGGUGCUGGGCCAGCAAAAUUGCCGGAAGAAGUGUAUGAAAUAAUAAAGAAUGAGUUAACAAACUUCGAAAAUUCCGGAAUAAGUUUAUUGGAAACAAGUCAUCGAACUGCGACUUACAUGAACUUGAAUGUUGAAAUUCAAGAAGUUGUGAGAAGGCUAUUAGAUGUUCCUGCUAAUUAUAAGGUAAUAUUUUUGGCUGGCGGAGGCCUCGGCGAGUUUGCAGCGGUGCCUCUAAAUCUAAUCUCUAGAACUGGAACUGCAGAUUACGUUGUUACUGGUGCCUGGUCAGCCAAAGCAGCAAAGGAAGCAAAGAAGUAUGGUAAAGUGAAUCUGGUUUUGCCUCCAACUGACCGCUACGUCGACAUCCCUGAUCAGUCUACAUGGAAUUUGGAUCCUAAUGCUUCUUACGUACACAUCUGCACAAAUGAAACUAUUCAUGGUGUGGAAUUUGACUUCAUUCCCGACACAAAAGGUGUACCUUUGGUAGCUGAUAUGUCAUCUAACAUUAUGUCCAAGAAAGUUGAUGUAUCAAAGUUUGGAGUGAUCUAUGCUGGUGCCCAGAAAAACAUUGGAACUUCUGGAGUUGCCUUAGUCAUUGUUAGAGAAGAUCUGUUGAAUCAAGCAUUACCGAUUUGUCCUUCACUACUUGACUGGACUGCUAAUUUCAAAGCGAACUCAAUCCAAAACACUCCACCUAUGUUUGCCAUUUACAUCAUGGGACGUGUGUUACAAUGGAUCGAAAGGCAAGGAGGUCUUGACGAAAUGGCAUCACGUGCCACCAAAAAAGCUUCGUUAAUCUACAAUAUUAUUGAGGAGUCAAAUGGAUUCUACUACGCACCAGUAGCCAAGAAUGUCAGGAGCAAAAUGAACAUUCCGUUCAGGAUUGGAUCUCCAGGGAAUGAGGCGUUAGAAAAAGAGUUCCUAAAAGGCGCCGAGGCUUUGGGACUCAUACAAUUAAAAGGACACAGGGAUGUUGGCGGUAUCCGCGCGUCAACUUACAAUGCUGUUACACUAGAAGAAGUGGAAGCCCUCGCCGAUUACAUGAAAGACUUCUAUAAGAAACAUGCGAACUAAUUAGGUAAUUAUAAAAAUAUUAUAUAAAUAACAUAUUGUAUAACAUUCUAAUUACUCUUGUAAUUUUAGGCUGUGCUCUUCAUUAUAUUUCGAAAUAAAUUGUAUUUUUAUACUGUUGUA